AUGGCGUUCCUCUCUGAGGCCAUAUCAACUCUAAGGAGCUUUCUAGCUACCGACGAAAUCAUUGAGCCUACCUCCGACCAGUAUGCCUCGGAGACGAAUUUCUGGUCCGUGUACAAUAACCCCAAACCACAACUGGUCCUACGACCAAAGUCGCUUCCCGCACUCCAGAGAACAGUCGAGUAUCUCUGUGCCUCAGACCUAGAUUUCGCAGUCCGGUCCGGUGGUAACAAUACAGCUGGCGCGAAGGAUGUUCAACUGAGUAUGAGUGCUUUUGAUGCUUUUGAAUUCGAUCGGGGCAGUGAGACGGUAACUAUUGGUGCUGGCCAGACGUGGGGAGAGGUCGAUAGGAAGAUGGAAGAGGAGGCCCCAGGAUACACAGUUUUGAGCACCAGGGUGCCUUUCGUUGGAGUUGCGGGCUCCCUUCUCGUCGGCGGGAUGUCAUGGUUUUCCGGGGAGUAUGGUCUUUGCUCAGAUCCGCAAAACCUUCUUGAUGCCCAUGUGGUGCUGCCGGAUGGUAGGAUGAUAUGGGCUUCAACGGAGCCAGAGCUCCUCUGGGCACUUCGCGGCGGAGGGGGGAACUUUGGAGUUGUUUCCGCCUUCAAAAUCAAGGUGUACCGCUGCCCACAGAAGAUCCUCGCGGGAACGAUUGCGUUUCCAAAAACUGCAAUAAAAGCUGUAUCUAAGGGGGCAUCCGAUUUUGUGAAAAGAUUGACCGAUCCAAAACUUGCGGCACACGUCGUGGUUAUGAACUUCGACCCCCCUACGGGCUCAGACGCCAUUCCGCAGCCUAGCAUAGCAAUCAAUAUAUUCGAUGCCCAUGGGGAAGAGCAUGGGAGGAGUGAAUUGGGUUUCAAAUGGGCCUUCGACAUUGAAGGUGCAGUAGACAUGACCAAGGAAAUGACUAUUCGUGAAGUAAAUGAUUCUACAGCCUCGCUUCGGAUGGCAGCGGGAAAUACCAUCAUGCUGUCUUCACCACUAGUCGGCUCUGAAUCUAUUGAUCCCGACUUCGUCGUCCGAAUGGCAGAAUUCUACAAGGAGGCAGUAGAAACGAACAGAACUUUGGGAUCUGGUAGUUUGAUCGUUCUGGAAAUCUUAGGCAAAGGUACUCUAACUUCUGCUGGAGGAGCCGCCAUGACAGCGUGGCCUCGUACGAAGCCACAGCAUGUUCUUCAGUUCGCUUUGAUGCAUCCUCCCGAAGCAGACUGUCCCGCUGAGGUGGUUUCGGGACUUUUAGAAAAGGCUCCCACGCAGAUAUGUCCUGCUCAUAAACCCAGCGAAUAUUGGCCCGCCUUUAUCCAGGAGUUCCAGGAUUUGAGCCAGAUCUUCGGGCCGAACUAUGACCGACUCCGUCAUGUUAAAACAACAUAUGACCCCAAAGGAUUUCCCAGCUUCAGCUUUCGCCCCAACUUAACCAUCCCACAACAAUCCCACACGCCUUUUCCUUCCAUCAUUAUGUCGAAUUUGGCACCCUCCGCAUUUCGACAGGCACUCCGUGCAUGUCCACGCCGACGUGCCUCUGUCCGGCCAGCUGUUCCCGGAAUAGCGGCAACGGCAGCCAGACGGUGCUAUGCGUCUGAAUCGAAGCCAGCCAGAGCUCAGGCCCAUGUGGACUUGGACGUGGAUGUCGCCAUGAAAACUGGCCAGAAGUCGUUCGUCGAACAAACUGGUGUCCGGCCACAGGGUACCACCGUGCUGGGCACGGCGGCGAGCGGCGAUGGCCUGACGGAUCCAUCGAGUGGUAUUUUGAAGCAAGCUACCGUCCUAGAGCAAGGCAAUCGGCCUAUAUACCUCGAUAUGCAAGCCACAACACCUACAGACCCACGUGUGCUUGACGCGAUGCUCCCUUUCCUCACGGGCUUUUACGGCAAUCCGCAUUCGAGGACACAUGCGUACGGAUGGGAGACCGAAAAGGCCACGGAACAGGCCAGAGAGCAUGUUGCUAGCCUGAUUGGUGCGGAUCCGAAGGAAAUCAUCUUCACCAGUGGCGCGACGGAAAGUAACAAUAUGAGCAUUAAGGGUGUUGCGAAGUUCUUCGGCCGGUCGGGAAAGAAGAAGCACCUCAUCACAUCACAGACAGAGCACAAAUGUGUUCUGGAUAGCUGUCGACACCUCCAAGAUGAAGGGUUCGAAGUGACAUACCUUCCUGUGCAGAGCAAUGGAUUAAUAAAUUUGAAAGAUCUUGAGGCUGCCAUCCGUCCCGAAACGGCGUUGGUGAGCAUCAUGACGGUGAACAAUGAGAUUGGCGUUAUACAGCCCGUGAAAGAAAUCGGAGCUCUUUGCCGGUCGAAAAAGGUGUUCUUCCACACCGACGCUGCGCAAGCCGUUGGCAAAAUCCCCAUCAAUGUUAAUGAAUGGAAUGUCGAUCUCCUUUCAAUUUCUGGCCACAAGAUCUAUGGGCCGAAAGGCAUUGGAGCUUGUUAUGUGAGGAGACGGCCGAGAGUUCGUCUCGACCCCAUCAUUACGGGUGGUGGCCAAGAGAGAGGACUCCGGAGCGGGACGUUGGCUCCCCAUCUUGCCGUUGGGAUUGGAGAGGCGUGCCGCAUUGCAAAGGAAGAAAUGGAGUAUGAUGCGAAACGCAUCAAAGCUCUGUCCAAACGGCUUUUGGACGGCCUCCUCGCAAUGGAGCAUACCACCUUAAACGGUGAUCCCGAAGAACACUAUCCCGGCUGUGUCAACGUAUCCUUCGCGUACGUCGAGGGUGAGUCCCUCCUGAUGGCUCUCAAGGAUAUCGCAUUGUCCUCUGGUAGUGCGUGCACCUCCGCCUCACUGGAGCCCAGCUAUGUUCUCCGGGCGCUUGGAAACAGCGACGAGAGCGCGCACAGCAGUAUCCGGUUCGGCAUCGGACGAUUCACGACAGAGCGCGAGAUCGACUAUGUACUGCAGGCUGUUAGAGAGCGCGUGUCGUUCCUACGGGAGCUUAGCCCCCUAUGGGAACUAGUGCAGGAGGGGGUGGACCUAAACACGAUCGAAUGGAGCCAGCAUUAAAAAAACACACGCUGGUAUUUUAACCGGCCCGGGUUUUAUUACCUGAUUUUGAUACCAGAAUAUCCUCCGCUCAAUCUCUGCGACGAAGAGUUUUUACUUUUUCAAUUUUCCCACCAUGACUGCCUUGUGUUUAUACCAGCCUAAUUUUACCUCUUAUGGCCGGGUAUUUUUCAUGAGAUAUCGAACCACUUAAACCACCUAACCAUUAACCACCUAGCAACCCUCAUACCCGUCCAACAUUCGCAAGCCAUUUGUUGACUGAUUUUCUUUCCUUCCCUCUUUGCUCAGCUACUUGUCCGAUUACCAUGUUAUCAUGUUCUUGUGGGGCGUUUUCCACGAAUCUGGGUUUCUUUUAAACAACCUGAUCAUUUUCUGUAUAUCCAUUUUUUCUUUUGUAUUAUUAUUAUUAUAUCAGGCAGUUCGCUUUACUCCUUUUUGUUGCUCAACAAAAAAAAAACGAAAUGGGUAGUAGGAUGGACAAAAUGCUAAGUUAUGAGAAAAAGAAAAAAGAAAAACAAAAAAUCAUUUAUGAUAUCAGUUCACGUAUUCUCUCUACUCAAAACCAGACAUUAUAUUAUUAUAUAUUUUAGUACAGUUGACCACGACCAUCCACCAUCUAUCCUCUCGCGCAUGAUCAGGCGGAUGAAGCCAUAAAACAAGUAGAAUUAAUGUCCUUGCAUAGUAUUCGGCAAAUGAUUGUCCCCCGCAUCUAGUAUAUUCGAGAAA